CGCUGCAGGCGCGGCGGAAGGGCGCGGCCGGGGCGGAAGCGCGGCGGAGGCAGCGGCGGCGGCACCGGCACCGGCAGCGGGACGGCCCCGGGCCCUGCCCCCUGCCCUCUGCCCCUGCCCAUGGCGGAGGCGGCGGUGCGCGGCCUGGCGCUGCUGCUGCGCGACGCCGGGGACGUGGUGCUGGAGGGCUCGAGCACGCUGACGCUGCCGGCCGGCACCCUGCAGCACCUGACGCGGCUGCUGGAGCAGCUGCUGGGCCCCCGCGAGCAGGCCCGCGGCUUCGUGGCGCUGCCCUCGCACCCCGCCGAGACGGCCGCCGUGCUGCAGGCGCAGUUCCUCUUCGACGUCCUGCAGAAGACGCGAUCCCUCAAGCUCAUUCAUGUUCCAAACUGUGUUUUGCAAUCUACUGUGAAGAUCUUCCCUUUCAAGUCCCUCCGGCAUUUGGAAUUGAGGUCUGUCCCUCCACACUGCCUGCGGGGUCUGCGAUUUGUCUAUUCUCAGCUGGAGUCUUUAACCUGUUGCAAAUGUAUCAGCACACUGGAGGAAAUCAUUUCAGCAUGUGGUGGAGAUCUGAGCUGUGCUCUCCCCUGGCUGGAACUGCAUACCGUCAACUUCAGCUACAACUCCAUCACUGCCUUGGAUGACUCACUGCAAUUACUAAAUGCUCUGAGAGUCUUGGAUUUGAGCCAUAACAAGGUCCAGGAUUGCGAGCUCUAUUUAACAACCCUUACAGAACUUGAGUACCUCAAUCUGGCUUAUAACUUCCUGUCCAAAGUGCCAAACCUUGGCAUCUUCAGCCGAUCCAAGCUGGUGACUCUGAUCUUGCGCAACAAUGAACUUGACAGCAUUAAUGGGGUUGAACAGCUGGUGAAUCUGCAGCACCUGGAUGUGGCCUAUAACCUGCUGCUGGAGCAUGCCCAGUUGGCACCAUUGUCCACUCUGCACUAUCUAAAAAAACUGCACCUAGAGGGAAACCCAUUAUGGUUCCAUCAAAACCACCGGUCUGCAACCCUUGUACAUUUGUCUCCCAGAGCAGCUUCCUCCAAUUUCCUCUUGGAUGGAGAACCACUCUCUUCCUCGGACCUAAUGCACCUUCCAAAACUUGUGCAAAGUGUAUCCCAGUCCAUCCACACAUCUACCUCAGAGAGGACCGUGCUGGACCGCAGUGCUCUGGACAGUUCCUGUGCUGCAGACUUCAGUGACAGCCAGUCCCCAGCAGAGAAUGUGGCUGUCAGGCUCCCUCGGAAGAAGUGCAAGGGGAAAGUCAAAGUGCGCAGAGCGAGCAUUUCAGAGCCCAGUGACACGGAACAUGAGUCCCAGACUUUGCCUCUCUCUGCUGGCCUGGUUUUACAGCAUCAGAAGGAGAUGGAACGCAUGGACAGCUUCAGAGAUCGCUUCGGUGUUGACUGGCUGCAGUACAAGAGACUGGAGGAGCGUGACCAACUACCUGUCAUCUGCCGGAGCCGUUCUGCAGAUGAGAUCUCAGGCAGACCUGCAGCAGCAGACUUGCAGAGUGAGAAUGUUGAAGCAGAGCAAGUAAAACCCCAAGUAUCCCCAAAAGAAUCCUCUCCUGCUGUAGAUGAUACUCAGAAGGAGGAAGACCUUGAAGUGGAUGAGCAUGGGGGAGGAGAGCUGAGAGGAAAAGAGGAGGCAGAUGAGCUAAUGCUGGGGGAAGAAGAAGAUGAGAAGCCAGAAGUGGACCUUUGCCAGCCAGUGCUGGUGAGCCAAAUAGAAGGUGAAGGGGACCCGGAGUUAGACUGGAUCUUCCUGCGGGUCACAGCUAGGCAUGUGAUCGAGGUGGAACUGAAGGCUGCCAGAGUCCUCCACAAGCUGGAACUGAAAUGCCUGCAGAAGAUAGAGACCUCUGAGAUGAACUGGAAGAGGAUGGACCUGGAGCGAGUUUUCCCUGUCCUCACAUUGCACUUCAGCUACAUUCGGAAGGACCGGCAGAAGCGCAAAUACGUGGUGCUGGAUGACUGCCCAGAGCAGUGUCUGCAGUGUGUGCUUGAAGUGUUGUCCCCAGCUGUGGAAGAGAAUCGGCAAAAUCAGGACCAGGAGAAAGGAUCCAUGAGGCUCCAGUGCCUGAAAUGCAAGCAUGAGUUUUUGCAGUCCCUGUCUCCCUGGCAGCAAGGUCCUUAUCCUGCACAAGUUGGAGACACCAAAAGCCUGGAGACCCUAGUUGCCUCAAAUCAAGACGCUGCAGCAGGUGGUGAGCCCAUCGCCUGUCCCAGCUGUUCCAGUGACCAUGUGGUCAUCCUGCCUUCGGAGGUAUGCUCCAGCACGCCCCUGCCUCCCAGCCGUGAUGGCACAAGUGAGGACCUGUCAAACUCCCUCCUGGAAGGGGGCAGCCAGCAGGAGGGCCCAGAGGAAGCACCUGCUCUGGCCAGUGAGAGUGGGAAGUUCUACAUCGGUGGGGAGGACAGCUCGGAGGUGGAUACCAGCAACAGCACCAGGACCCCGGAGCUGAGUGGCGAGCACGACGGCACUCUCCAUUCCGCUUCCCGCAGUUUGGACGGGGUCUGUGGGAGUAAGGAGCUGAGCAUGAAGAGCCAGCACUUCUCCCUCAGCCGCACGGACACCAACGGGGGCAGCAUGAUGGGGAGCUAUCAUUACAGCGUUUCUCGCGGGCCCACUCCUUCCCAGCUCUCUCUGAACUCCGAGUCAGAGGAAACGUGGAACCUCAGUCCCCCUGCAAACGGCGCCCUGAACACAAGGGACUUUCGUUCUGUGGAUCACCGCCUGAAGCUCUACCUGGACAUGGAGGUUUUUGAGGAGAACGAUGAGGAGUUCCAGUGCUUCCUCAAGGUGGCCAUGGUGAAGUUCGGCCGACAAGGAGAGUUCCUCUCCAUCCUGGUUGCCUCUGACCUCAGGAUCUAUGUGCUGGAAGUCACUGGGGUUAUCAGGGGACAGCCUGCGGAGUGGCUGAAGAAGAACGACUCUCACUACCUGUCCGAUGUUUCCCAUCUGGAAGUGGGACUCUGCCACCAGAGCUUGCGAAUAGAGUUUGAGAACCCCAAAGCCUCCUACAACCUGCUGAUCCGGAACCAAAGCUGCUGUGACCAGUUUCUGCAGACCCUGACAUGUCUCAUACAAGAGCUGCCUGCCAAGCACAGCAAUAAGGUGAAGGAAAUCCCCACUGUGGAAAUGAAUCCACAACAUUGGCUAUGGCCUCUGCUGGACUCCAAGACCACAGGUUCUGCAGCUGCAGAUGGCACUUGCUUCUUCUACCUGCUGGCAUACCUGAUCCAAGGGGCAUCUGCUUUCCCUGUGACCCUGCUGAGCACCCGAAGCAUGUUGUUUCUGCUGGAGGAGAAUCACCAGUGGCAGGUGCAGCCUCCUUUGGAUGCAGAUCGUGAGGCAGAAAUGCCUUCCAGGAGCAAUAUCCACUUGAAGGAGAAGCAGCCGAUCAGCAGUAUCAGCAAUGUCAUAACCUAUCGCCUGUGUCCUUGCGACAUCAAGCUGAUGCUGUAUGAUGAGGUGCUGAAGGUGGAGAGCACGUGGCACAUCCGCACCGAGUGCCCUGAGCUCCUGGUAGAGCUGGUGGAGUGGAUCCGCGGGCCCUGGGAGGAGAUGUUCUCUAUCGAGCUGCGGAGGGCUGUGUAUGAGGGCCUGGAGUGAGCCUGUCCGCUGUAGGCAGGCAGGACCUGGAGCCAGAAGCGCUGCUGUGCUGGCAGUGACGCACAAAUGUCUCCCCUCCCAUCUGACCUUGCUGUCCCGUGGCCUCUGCCUUCUACCCUACUCUUGCCCCUGGCCCUUUCUGGUGAGGAGGAGGUGAGCACACGAUGGUCCAGGCUUUGUACAGUCACUCACUGCCACUGGGCUGGCCGUGGAAGGAGGUGGUGGAGGGUGUUCCCUGUAAUGCUGCAAGCUACAGGGUUUUAACUUGGUGGUGUCUGCUAGUUUCCUUCAGGAUAGUCCGAAAGGUGACUGGAGGAAGAAGGGAGCUGAGCCAGAGCAUGUUCUGUGGUACUCAGGCAAUCAGCAGGCCAGAGGCAGUGCACACUGUGGUCUCUGCAGCAGGUGUAUUUGCUGCCUUCCCAGCUGUCUCGGAACAGCUGCUAUUAUCUGCUGCUAAUAUUUUCUUUCUUUUUCUUUCUCCCCCUGCCCUCUUAUCCACAGCUUCCCUAAAGCUGCCUGCUUCAGUCAGGAGCCUAUUGCACAGAGGGAUAAGGCACAUUGUACUGAUAACCCCACAGAGAGCCCACACCUGCGUGGCAGGGCAUGGCUCAGUCUGCUGCUGUAGUCCUUCACUGUCACGGGGGAGGGAGGAGCUGUGCAGCUCACAGCACAGUUGUGUUGCUCAUCGCUCAGGGGUCAGGACCCUUGUGGGCACUGGCAGGUAAAAGUGAGGCUUAGGCUUUUCUGAGCAGUCCAAAAGCAAGAGUCUAUUUUAAACAUGAGUUUUACUUUUUUCUAUUGUAAUAAAAGGUUAUAUUUAUUGAAUCA